AUGGUGUUUGUGCAGAUAGUGAAGAAUGUCUUGAAUCAGCAUUCAAUUUUGAGGAGGAUUCUCAAGGGUAAGAAUGUAGUGAGGAAAGGUAGAUAUAGUCAUAAUGAUUCUACUAGAAUCGUCGAUAACCACACGGCGAUUAGCACCCCGAUUAACACCCCGAUUGCAUAUAGAGAACCUGCAGAAUGGAAUAAAAUAAACGAUAUGAAAAAUGACAAAACGAAUGAACUGAAUAUCCAAGCAGAGAAAAACUACCUAAUCGAGUUUAUCAAUCGUGAAAAAAUAAUAUACGAAGAUGUGGAGGACUUAAUCACAUUUUGUGACAAAUUUAGGAAGGUAAGAUGCGAUUUGCGUAUAUUAACAUCAUCGAAUAGGGAAUAUGUUCCAUACCACCUUUUUGAUUUUUUCUUAUCUCAUCGCUCAUUUGAAAAGGUGCAUAAGAACUUGUCACAAAAAUUAGAGAAAUUAAUCGGGAGACAGGACUGUUCAAUAAGUUUUUGCAAACAAGACCGGGCCGAUGGGGUCGAUGGGAGUGGUAGUGGCUGUGACCACAUCGACUCUAAUGACCAUGUUGACAUUUUUGUCGACCUUUUUUUAAACAAUCCUGACAAUUUUCCAGAGAAGGGAAAGCAAAAUACAAAGCAUGGAGAAAAUACAAUACGGAAAAAACAUGUUUGUGAAUCAAAAACUAUUAGGGAUUGUGGGGAGGGGUUAUCAUUGUUGCAGUUCAGAGAAGUGAACCAUUUGGAAAUAGACUCUUAUAUUAAAUUAAGUCUUCAAAGGAACUUUCACAUGAAAUAUUUCACCACAGUUCAGUAUUGUUUAUUUCCUCUUUUUAUAAAAAAUUUCGAUUUACUUAUCCAUUCUGUUAAAGGGACAGGGAAAACGUUAUCAUAUUGUAUCCCACUCAUCCACAAAAUCAUUACACAGUUAAGUAAAUUGAAAAGACAUUUUCAUCAGAUAAAAGAAAGUUAUGUAUUUGCAUUGAUAGUGUGCCCCAAUAUAAUCCUAGUUGAACAGACUUAUGCAAUUAUAAAAAAGUUAUUAAUAUAUCACCCGUAUAAUAUAAGUUGUCAUUAUAUGCAUGGAAGAAAAAAUAUGAACAUGCAAGGUGAAAUUAUGGAAUUAAAAAAAAAAAAACCACAUAUAAUUGUAACAACACCUGUUUCUUUUAUUAAUCAUAUAAAAUUUUCAACCUCUUUUAAAGAUAUGUUUUUUUUAUGUGACACAAUCAUUAUUGAUGAAGCUUAUUUUCUUUUAAAUUCAAAUUAUUUGAAAAACAUUUUAAUCAUAAAAAAUGUAUUACCUAAGGGUCACCAGACUAUUUUAUUAACUUGUCUUGUUAAUAAUUUCUUGAAGCAUUUAGCAUACAGAUUUUUACGACUCAAUUAUGUGCAUUUAAAUUUUGUCCAUAAUUGUGUAUAUGAUAACGACACCUUUGCUGAUGCCACGUUAACGAAUAUUAAAAAAUCAAAUGCUUCUCCAAAAUUGUAUCAAGUGCAAGAUUCUACAUCUGCAGACGAAAACAAACUACCAUUCCAGUUGUAUAACAAAUUCAAUGCAAAACUGAUUUCCAUUUAUAGAAACAACAUUCUUAACUGCACAGAUAUAGGAAAACUUUGGUAUUGUAAGAAUGCCAAGACAUUUUACAAUCACAUUAAUAUGUUCGAUGCAUAUAUCGUAGGAAAUUUCUGCACUUCUGAGACGAACUAUACAGAUACAUUGGGACAUUCUACCCAAAUGAACAAAAUAAGUUCUGCUAUUGAACUUCCCUCCGAGAAUGUGCAAAAUGGUGAUUCCUUAAGUAAAUCAAGAGAAGAUCCACUAAGAGAACAAGACAUGACAAAUCAGAAAGGGAAAAAUGAUAGAGUGAAAGAAUAUCUCUUUCACAAAAAUGAAUGUAAAAAAAAUGAGGACAUAAUGAUGAAAGCAGACGAAAGGGAGGAGAGAAAAAAAAGAAAAAUAAAUCAAGGAACACUUAAAUUGAAUCAUAGUGACUAUAAUAACUACACACAAUACAGUAGGAACCAUCCAGACUACGAAAUAAAUAAAGGGAAAAAUAUACCCACACAUAUACUUCUAAGGCAAGAAUAUUUAAUAUACGAAUCUGACAAACUUGCAUUAAUACUAUUCAAUAUUAUACAUAAAGAAUUUUUAUCAAACAAAAAAAUUAAAAUCGUUCUCUUUAUGCCAACAGUUAAAAUGAUACAGUUUUUUUAUGUUAUCUUUAAGCACUAUAUUUUUAAGGGGUACAUAUAUUUGCUUUACCUGAAAGCGAAAAAUUUUACUAAUGGAAAAAAAAUGCCCAGUAAUUUCACAAAUGGAAAUUAUUCCUUUGCGAAUUGUACUUACGGGAACUCCUUUGAAGGUUAUUACGAUAAGGAACAUGUCAACUUUUCUGUUUCGUCUAUUCCAUUUGUUUUUACAGAAUCUAAAUUAUGCAUCACAUCAGUCCAGGGUUGCCAAGAUGAAAAUGCUUCAAACGAAUUACAACAAGAAAAUGUAUUCCCCAAUUUAAUUGAUAUAAAAUCACCUCAACUAGACAAGCGUUACCCAAAGAACAGAGAAAUUUCAAACAUUGCAAAUGAAUCAAAGGGAGAGGAAGAAGUAGAGAAACAAAUGUGCCACAUUGAUGACAUGUACCAAGACGAAUAUAUGAUACUAAAAGAUAUUGUAAUUUCUUGCUUACAUAGCAAAAUGAGUCUGGAUAAAAAAAUGUACACUUUGAACAGCUUUAACAGCUCCGAUGGAAGGGAAAAGAAAAUUUUAUUCACCUCAUCUUUAUUAUGUCAAGGUAUAGAAUUAGAUAACGUGGACUUAGUAAUACAAGUAGGGGUAUGCUCAACCAUUGAUGAAUACAUUUUGAGAACUAACCUUGCAACAUCCAAAAAUACACAUGGUAGAAGCUUGCUAUUGCUUAACGAGUUAGAGGGACAUUAUUUAUUCACAUUGUAUAAAAAUAAUAUCAUCAUUAGUAGCAUAAGUAAGAGUUAUUUGAAUUAUAUAUAUAAAGAUAAUCCUAUACUGGAUGCUUUACUCAAGUACAAAAGAGAAAGAACUAGUGUAACAAUUAAGCAUGACAAGGAAAAACAACGUUCAACAGACAAGGAAUCUAUUUCACAGGAGGAGGAAAUUAGUCUGGGGAAUGCAUACAAUGAAGAUAAUGUAAAUGGCGAGGAGGUAAAUUAUACUGAAAAGCAGACGGAGAUGGAGAUGAAUGCUAAGGAAAAAAUCCAUGACGUCCAUAAUUCUCCAUUGAGACAUAUCGAAUGGCAUAAACAUGAACACUUGCUAUGUUCAUGUGAAUUGAUGUACAGAUCACUCCUCGGUUUUUAUUGCGAAAAGAGCAAAUUUUUCAAGUAUGAAAAAUGGCAAGUGCCAAGUUUAAUUAAAAACAUAGUUUAUUCUUUUGGCUAUUUUGAGAAUUUUUAUAUAACAAAAGAAAUGGCUGCAAGACUUCAAAUUAUAAAUGCACCUGACUUGUACAUAAAGUUUAAUGCCACCCCGAGGAGUGUCCUCAUGUCCGCGCUCCCAUCAUACAAGGGAUAUAAAUCCAAAAUUAAUGAACUUCGGUUGAAAGGUCGUUUGUCCAAUUCGUCAGCCGACACUACUCCCUGUGGUGAUAUUCCUGUGAGACGCGAUGAAAUAAACAAGAACGAGGAUUCCACAUUUAACACGGAACAUAGACCGAAUGAUUUGGAAAAAUAUUCGAGAAGAAAACCUGAACAUGUCAUGCUGGAAAAAUGUGAAAAUGGAGAUUAUGAAAAACACCCCCUGUAUUUUCCCAUGCGCACAUAUUUAUCCUGA